AUGACUGACGUUCCUCUUCCUGAAUGCCUUCCAAAGCCAGAAGAACCGAAAGCUGCAGAACCACAACAGUCUCCUCAGCAACCUCAGUUCCAGCAAGUACCUCCGAAUUACUACCAAUUUCCACCUCAAGGUUACUACCCACCACAAGGCUUCCCGAACUACCCUCCUCAGCCUAUGCCUUACUUCCCCAACCCUUAG